CUUUUCCCCACUCACGUGUGGUGGCUUGCAAGUGCGGAAAGAUGGGCAAGAAGAACAAGAAGGAGAAGAAAGGGAAGGGGGCCGAGAAAACUGCCGCCAAGAUGGAGAAAAAAGUCUCUAAGCGCUCCAAGAAGGAGGAGGAGGACCUGGAAGCUCUCAUCGCACAGUUUCAGUCGUUAGAUGCCAAGAAGACCCAGACAGUAGAGACGCCGAGCUCCCCGCCCUCACCGAGGCUAAAUGCUUCCUUGUCUCCUCAUCCCGAGAAAGACGAAUUGAUCCUUUUUGGAGGUGAAUAUUUCAAUGGCCAAAAAACUUUUCUAUACAAUGAACUGUAUUUCUACAAUACUAGGAAGAAUGCCUGGACAAAAGUGGACGUCCCCAAUCCCCCCCCGAGGCGGUGCGCUCAUCAGGCCGUGGUGGUCCCUCAGGGAGGCGGACAGCUGUGGCUGUUUGGAGGAGAGUUUGCCUCUCCGGACGGAGAACAGUUCUACCACUACAAGGAUCUCUGGGUCCUGCACUUGGCCACUAGGACUUGGGAGCAGAUCAAGGCACCGGGAGGGCCUUCGGGCCGCAGCGGCCAUCGUAUGGUGCCUUGGAAGAGACAAUUGAUCAUCUUUGGGGGAUUCCACGAGAGCACGAGGGAUUACCUCUACUACAAUGAUGUGCAUGCCUUUAACCUGGACACCUACCAGUGGGCCAAGCUCUCUCCAUCUGGGACGGGCCCCAGCCCCAGGUCUGGCUGCCAGAUGUCAGUCUCCUCCGAGGGCACCAUCAUCGUCUACGGGGGCUACUCUAAACAGAGAGUGAAGAAGGAUGUUGACCGAGGCACGCUGCACUCCGACAUGUUCCUGCUGAAGUGCGAGGAAGGCAAGGAAGGAGACAAAUGGACAUGGACGCGCAGCAGCCCCUCCGGAGUGAAGCCGCCUCCCAGGUCCGGGUUCUCAGUGGCUGCGGCUCCUGGUGGCCGCACACUGCUGUUCGGUGGGGUGCGUGACGAGGAGGAGGAGGAGAGCAUCGAGGGUGACUUCUUCAAUGACCUCUACUUCUAUGACAUGGCCAAGAACCGCUGGGCUGCGGGGCAGCUCAAGGGCCCCAAGUGCGAGAAGAGGAAGCGGAGGCGAGGCAAGAAAGCAGAGCCGGACAGCGUGGAGAGUCAGGAGAGUGAGCAGGGCAGCCCCCACGAGCCUCAGGAGGUGAUCACAGAAGUGGUGGCCGAGGACGGAACGGUCAUGACCAUUAAACAAGUGAUCCCCGCGCCGGGGCCAUCUUCAAGGGCCGACUCUGAAUCUGACGAGGAAGAAGCCGGGGAUGAGGCCGGCGGCCCUUUGGUAGAACCCUGUCCUCGCUCCAAUGCCAUGCUGGCCGUCAAGCAAGGGCUGCUCUACGUCUACGGGGGGAUGUUUGAGGCUGGGGACCGCCAGUUUACCCUCAACGACUUUUACUGCCUGGAUCUUCACAAGAUGGACGAGUGGAAGGUCUUGGUAGAAAUGGAUCCCAAAACUCAAGAAUGGCUGGAGGACAGUGACUCGGAAGACGAAGAAGUGGAAGGAGCAGAAGGGGGAGAGGAGGAAGAGGAGGACGAGGAGACAGAGGAGGAAAGCGAGGAGGAUGAAGAAGGGGGCCGGCACCCGGCGGUGGAGCCCGGGGAGGAGUACGCGCGCUACCUGCCGAGGACUGAGGAGCACUGGGUCCGGGCGGCCCGGGACAACAUGGGGCCCGACGCCAAGGACAGGAAGGUGAUCAAAGUGGCCCACGCCAUGGCCAGGGCGUUCUACGAGGAUGCCGUUUAGGCCCAGAAGCGCGUCUCCUCCUCGGACACUGCUGAGGUCUUUCCCGUUCCUGGAGACGUCCUUCCCCCCGGCGGGAAGAGCGCCGCGCCGGUCCCCGAGCGCUUCUCGGGCACUUUCCUGCUGGGGCCGGUUUCCCCGGGCAGGAGAGCUUCGGGAGACGCAGGAACGAAGGAGUGCUGAGGGGGCACGAGCAGGGCGCUGCGGGCCGGGAGGACGUGCGGGCACGGCGGGCCUCGAGCCCCAGGCAGCAGGCGCAGGGCCGGCCGCGCGCUUCUCGCUGUUUUUAAAUAAAGCGCG